UAUGAUCGGUGACCGUAAUACUUGUAGUAAAGAGACAUUUUUUUGAAAGAGAAGUCUGUGAACUGAAAAAAAAAAGUUUCUGCAGUAAUUAAAAGCGUAGAGUGCAUCCAUGUGAGUGCCACAUCACAAUGCAUAUGGGAUACAAACGGAUCAAAAUGAACUCAAUUGUUUUUGCUCUUAAUUUACUGGCUUCAAUUGUUUGGAGUGCCCCACCUCGUUGCGAACCUGGAGACGCAAUUCUUGGGCGAUGCCGAAUUCCAGUUGAAGAAAAACCACAAUGUACUAACAUUGUACUGGGCUACUGUGAUGAUAUGCCUUACUCCAAAACCCUAUUCCCCAAUCUGCUGGACAAUAAAAACAGAGAGGAGUUAGAGAUGGGGACAGAAUACCUUCUUCUCAGUGUCAUUCACACUUUGCUUAAUGGCGAGUGCACGCCUGAUAUAAGGAUGCUGGGCUGCUCCAUCAUUGCUCCCCGGUGUGAAAAUGGCAAGAUCAUGAAGCCUUGUCGGAGUACCUGUGAAUCAGUGAGGAAAAACUGCAUACAUGCAUUCGAAGGCAUCAAAAUGGCCUGGCCCUAUUUUCUGGAUUGUGAUCGGUUCUUUGUUGGAGAAGAGGAAGGAUGCUAUGACCCUUUGGAAAAUCUGAGAGAAAAACAAGAAGUUGCCCUUGCUAGCAUUUCUCCUGAAGAGCCUUCAACUAUCAUUCAGUUUACCUACCAUUCUCACUUACAAAUGGAGAAUGUGUUAAAAAAGACAGCAGCAAGAUGUUCUGACAUUUCAAGAACGUACAGUAUUGGUCGAAGUUUUGAAGGGAAGGACCUUCUUGUAAUUGAGUUUUCAGAUAACCCAGGGCAGCAUGAGUUGUUGGAGCCUGAAGUGAAAUACAUUGCCAACAUGCAUGGAAAUGAAGUGCUCGGAAGGCAGCUCUUGAUCUACCUAGCCCAGUAUUUGUGCUCAGAGUACCAGCUAGGAAAUGAGAGAAUCCAGACUCUAAUCAAUAACACCAGAAUUCAUCUCUUCCCCUCAAUGAAUCCUGAUGGAUAUGAGUUAGCUGCUGCAGAGGUAGAGGAUACCAAUGAGCAGGAACAAGAUGAAGGUCACAGGUAUAAUGGCUGGACCAGUGGAAGAGCAAAUGCACAGAACAUCGAUCUCAAUAGAAAUUUCCCUGACCUGACAUCCAUUGUUUACAGCCGGAGGAGAAACAAGGGAUACCGAACGGAUCACGUACCAAUUCCAGAUUCUUACUGGUUUAGUAAGGUAGCUCCGGAGACAUAUGCUGUGAUGAAGUGGGUAAGAUCAAUUCCCUUCGUGAUGUCGGCGAGUUUACAUGGAGGAGAAUUGGUCGUCUCCUACCCUUAUGAUUUUUCACGUCACCCAGAAGAAGAAAAAAUGUUUUCUCCUUCCCCUGACGAACAGGUGUUCAAACUGCUGUCUCGGAUCUAUGCAGAUGCACACCCCACCAUGUCUGAUAACUCCACAGACAGAUGUGGUGCAUCUUUUGCCAGCAAAGGGGGUAUUAUCAAUGGAGCAAUGUGGUAUAGCUUUUCAGGAGGAAUGUCUGACUUCAAUUACCUUCAUACCAACUGUUUUGAGAUAACAGUAGAACUGGGCUGUGACAAGUUUCCAAGUGAAGAUGAACUGUACUUGGGCUGGCAGCAAAACAAAGAACCUCUCUUAAGCUAUUUGGAAGCUGUACAUCGUGGAAUAAAGGGGAUAGUCAAAGACGAAACCGGUAAAGGAAUCAAAGGAGCUCGUAUAUCAGUCAGAGGAGUACGACAUGACAUCUUUAGCGCUGAAGAUGGGGACUACUGGAGACUGUUGACCUCUGGGACACAUAUCAUUACUGCUUCUGCACCGGGCUACACAAAAGUAAUGAAAAAGAUUAACUUACCACCAAGACUGCAGAAAGCUGGACGGGUAGAUUUCAUACUAAAACGUGAAAUUCUGGAACCAGGUAUAAAUGAUCAUUUCCCUGCUCAAGACACCUAUGACCGGUUUGACCCCUUUAAUCAAUUUGAAAGAUACACCCAACGUGAAACUGGAGAACCUGGUGAAGAGGAGGUACAGGAAAAACCUUGGUGGUGGUCUUACUUUGCCUUGUCUGGUAACGCAGCACCAACUUGGCUACUGAGGAACUAUUAACCUUCUAAAGCAUUUGUGUUUAUUAUCAACCAUAGUGCCUUCCAGCUUCUUAAUAAACCAGAUAUGGAAGCAAAUAGUUUUCUUGCCAAAGUUGUAGGCAACUGAGACACUCAGACAUUUUACUGUAAGUUAGCUUAGAUCUGAAAGGAUUUGACAUGCUUUCCUGAAUAAUUAAUUAUUGCACUACAGACUUAAGCUCCAGAUAGUUUCUUUUGCUUUCUCCAUCCCAGAAUGAAUCUUUCAUUCAAUCAACAAAUAAAAUGUCCCAGGUUACUACCAAAUAUUUCAGUUAUUCAAAUUAUGGAAAAGGUAAAUAAAAAGGUAAAUAUAAAUUACUGUCUGAGACUGCUGAAUAAAAAUAAAUGCAGUUGUCCUUUGUUAAAAAAAAAUAGUGACAACAUGAGCUAUGCAGGAUGUUGUAUUAGGAUCUGCAGUUAAGAGAAGUUAGUACUGUAUGUCAAAUAUUUGUAUCUAAUACCUCUCACAUUUUUUCUUCUUCUGUGAUACUGUCUACUUUGGUAUUAACUUGUGCAACUGGUUUCUAGCACAAAAAAGCUCUUUAAAUGGUAGGUUCAUAGUAUGUAUAUGAUGACCUAUUGUCCGAUACACAAAUACACAACUAUUAAUAGUAAUACAAAAUGUGAUAUUUGAUAUAAAACACAAUAAGUAUUUGGCAUUUGGAUGAGGAAAAGAGAAGGUAAAUUUAAUGUAAUUGACCAUAAUGCUGAAAAUAAAAUACAUUCUCAAAUACUCAUUAACUUCAAAUAGACUGACAAUAGGAGACUGAUACUGAGGGUGUUAUCAACAGUGAUCUUUAAAAAAAAAACUCAAAAUGGCUUAAAGUUUCUUUACCAAUUGUUUCUUCCUGCUUUUAAGUGAAGAAAAUACAAAUGAUAAAAACAGAUUUUUUUAUAUAUAUCUUAUAUAUACAGUAUACAUCAUGUUGUGUAUAUUAUCUUGUCAAUGUUCAGUCUAUUUAAUUAGACAACAUUUUAUUAAAGUACUGUUAAUACCAUUGAAUAAAUAUUACAUGCACAGCUAGUUCAGUUACAGUGUUACUUUGGCAUUAAAGAAACCUUUGAUUUCUUUUAUGCUUAAAUACUUUAAUUUUUUAAUUGUUUUUUCCUUUUUUUAAAAUCCACCCUUUUAACAAAACAUUAAUGAAAGUGUAACAUUCAAUUUUUUGCAAGCUUAAACUAUAUUAUGGAGCUAACAUUAAAUAAAAAUUGCAAAUAAACUAAAAUAGUUAUUUAUUCAUACUUUUGAAUAGAAAAAAAACAAUACAUAAUUUUACAUCUGUCCUUUUAAUUAACACAGCAUAAAAUGGCCACCUUGUAUUUUUACAUUUCAAGACUUUUCUUAAACUUUAUUUUCUUUGCACAUUCUUAUACAGUAUAUUCCUUAUAUUCAGUAGUUAAAAUGGAUAUCUGUUGGAGCUUCACACGAAGAAUGUUAGAAGAGAAGUUAAAUGCUGUAACGUUAUAUCUAGGUGGUGACUUAUGUGGGUGAUAACAUGGUUUUAUGUAGAAAACUGAAUUUCAUAAUAAUGAAGGUCAUAACAGUCAGCCUGAAAUUUAAAGACUAAUACAAAGUUUGUUUGUGUGUUUCUUUUUCAAUAAAAACAUUUCACUACCA